AUGCUCAAACAGAAAGUCACUAUGCGCGAAGAUUGUGCCUCCUUAUUGUCAAUUUUCAGCGAGAAUCAGAAAGUACUCGCUCAUAUGACAGCCUGUGCCAACAAUCUUGCAACUCUUCACGAUUCGAAUUACGCGCUCGGGACUUAUCCAUUCGAGGAUGACGGGUUUCUCUUCUCAAUGUUCUUGGCCGAGACGUGCGAGUAUGACAGGGCUACCGAACUUUGUAAAGCCGUCAUCGGUUCACGGAAAUCCAGACGGGGAGAUUCUCACGAGAGCGUUUGGGAGGCUGUUGCACUCAUGGGAAAACUUAUUCGUCUGCAAGGUCGUCUUAGGGAAUCAGUGACCAUGCAUUUCGAGUUGUAUCAGUAUCGAGUUCGGCAGUACGGCGAAACGGACCUGCGCACGAUUCGUGCUAUGUUGGAUUUUGCGGAAGACCACGAGUCACUCACCGGUUCCAUGGAUGCGACCAAUCUGGCUUAUCUGGAAUGGAAGGGGCACAAGCAUCCAAAAACCAUUUCAGCAAAAGCGAAUCUAGCUAGUGUCUACGAAGAUCAGAAAAGAUUCGAUAUUGCCUGCCAGUUGAGAGAAGAAGUUACCAAAGAUCGUACGGAGGUGUUUGGAGAGGGCGACGGUGCGACAACAUGGGCAAAAUUUCAUCUCGCCUCUACGUAUCUGGCACGAGACGACCUGGACAAUGACCGAGCUUUUUCAACGCUCGAAGCACUCUACAGUGAGUUACACAGCUCGACCGACCCUAACGAACGUGAGCUCGCCAUGGAAUGUCUGCACAUGCAGGCAAAAGCCUUGGAACGCAAAAGAUCCGCUAGGGACGUGGAGAGGGUCCGUGGUAGAAUAUUGCAUUUGCGAGCAAAGGGAGACGAGGUGCAACGAGCUAAGAGAAACCUUCGACCAUACUGGUGCAAAUGCGCUGCUCCUGUGGAGGCUGUUACGAUACCCAUCGAAGUCAUCGAAGGUCCCACAACACACGCAAAACAUAUCACAGCCGGGCAGGUUGGCCGGGCAUUCAACUCGUUCAAAGAACGGUUAGGGUCCUCUCGCCAAUCGCGCGACCCUGGUACCUCAUCCGCAAACUCAAAUGGUGUGAGAUUCUCCAUCACAGACGCCCUAUCUCAGGCUUUCAAAACGCAAAUAGCACGCACAUCUCCUCCAGCGGCGUCAGCACAAAACCCGUUAACUGCGGCGGUGUCGAACCUCAGCUCGAAACGUUGUAGCGCUACUUCUCAGUUAGUAAGGCAACAGCUAGUGCCCGGUCUCUUGCACGGCGCUCCUGUCGUGGCUAUCAAACUUGAGGAUGCGAGGAGUAGGCAGGCACAGCAUUUGAGAUCCAAGAGUGAGACUAGUCUGUUGGUUCCUGUUAUUGGGCAUAUGCGGUCAAGGAGUACAUCUGGGCGGAGCUGAGCUGUUGACAUAGGCGG